UUUUUGGUUUUAGAGGAGUUAUGAAUGAAGAUUCUCCAUUAUCAUGUAUCAACUGGCAAUCUUUCAAAGAGUUCUUGCAAGAGGAGAAUGAGUUGCAACAAGUCUCUCUCUUAAAGAAGUUUGGCUCUGGAUUAAGAAAGCUGGUUUGUCCGGGAUUUGAAGAAUCGCACUUGGAAGAUUUGAUUGGCAUUCUCGCAGACAUUCAUGUUAAUGCACAAGCUCGCUGUGUGCUUCGUAGGACCAUUGUUAGGUACAGAAGGCUGGAUCGAGGCAGUUCUUGUUUUUGUGUGCUUCAAAGCCUACCAGAUACUUUGCAUGGAUGCAUUAUAAAGUCAUUGCAGACUGCCUUGACCAAUCACAUUGCCUCCUGUGACCAAAGUGACCAAUCAUCAUGCAGAGUCAGGAUAGAUACUUUGCAGUCAUUGAUGGAGAACUUCAGUCUUGGAGAAGCCGCUCUGAAGGCAACUCUUCAUCCAGGUAAAAUUUUACAAGCAAGGGCUGGUGUGCAUUUGUGCAAGUGCGCUCUAGAGAGAGUGAAGACCGCAAGAGUUUUAGUCCGUAAAUGUUAUUCAGAGUUACAUGAUGAAGUAACCAACAUCGACAGCAAGAUGAGGAGCCGCAUCCAAAACAUAAGAAAUGAUGUCUGUCAUAUUUUAAAAGAUGUUCUAUUUUUUGCCGAUUGUCAAAAUGCAGCCGGUAUGAUACUUAUUCAGAACAUGCUACUACUGGCGGAUCAAGAGUUGCCUGCAAAAAAAAUUGCCGAUGAGCUUUGUAUUAAGACAGAAAAGUCAACAGUUAUUGAGUUUCACCAUCUUCCCCCACUGUCCAAGCUGUUCAUUUGCCAAGGUGUAUUGGCAACUGUACUGAAAGAUCAGUUGACGAGCCAUCUUGUGGGUGAUGAUUCUCUUUUGGAAAUGAUGUUUCAACAGAUCUGGUGUCUAGUACCAGACAGGACAAGGUCGUGUCCCAAGAUUCCUGAUCCUAUGACAAAGUUUGAGAGUUUAAGCAAAGAUAGUUCUAGUAUUUAUGACUUACAUGAGCAUGUGCCUCCGCUUGAUCAUUCCAACCUCUCUACAAUUCAAAGUGUGUUUGAUUAUCGUUGUUUGGUGUCCGGAGGCGACAGGGUGUAUAUUAUGGGAGUGGGAGUAAGUAUGAAUUUUAGCGAAAGUGUGGCUCUUACAUGCUUAGUACUUUCGAUGUAUGCGUGUUAUUCUAAGGGCUCUGGUCAGAGACGUAUUACAGCUAUACAUAUCAUUGACUGCAUGUGGCUAGCUGGUCAGGACGUUAGACAAAAACACUUUACAGAAAGAAUUGGGAAAGCAGAGUUGUUUGUUCGCAGCAUAUCCAGGCCGAGCCGGCAAGAUCUCACUCCCAUCCGAGUGAAAGAAGUAUUCCGACUUGAGCAAGCAGAAAAGAUAUUUGAAAGGCUAGAGAUGCGGGCUGUGAAGGGUUCGCGAAAGCCAAGGCUGUGUUUUCGCUCCAACCAGAACAGUCAUUUUUUACCCUGUGGACUUCACUUUGUUAAAAUUACAAAUGAACCUUGGACUAUGAAUUUUAGCCGGUCACAAAAACGAAAGUAUUUCUUCAACUUGGUUACAAACGAGUCAUUGUUUGAAUGCCCGUCAGAUUCAAUAGCAUCGUUUAGAGAUUGCCACAAAACAAGACUGUUAUGGAAAUGGGAGGAUGGAGUAGUCCUGACUUACAAUACUGCUAACAAAAUGUUGUUUUUUUUUUGUUUUUACAGAAUUGGGAAAGCAGAGUUGUUUGUUCGCAGCAUAUCCAGGCCGAGCCGGCAAGAUCUCACUCCCAUCCGAGUGAAAGAAGUAUUCCGACUUGAGCAAGCAGAAAAGAUAUUUGAAAGGCUAGAGAUGCGGGCAGUGAAGGGUUCGCGAAAGCCUAGGCUGUGUUUUCGCUCCAACCAGAACAGUCAUUUUUUACCCUGUGGACUUCACUUUGUUAAAAUUACAAAUGAACCUUGGACUAUGAAUUUUAGCCGGUCACAAAAACGAAAGUAUUUCUUCAACUUGGUUACAAACGAGUCAUUGUUUGAAUGCCCGUCAGAUUCAAUAGCAUCGUUUAGAGAUUGCCACAAAACAAGACUGUUAUGGAAAUGGGAGGAUGGAGUAGUCGUACAUGACGUCCAGAGCAAUAGGGACGAACAUAAGCUAUCUAAGGAUGACAUAUUAAACUUUGUGCAACGGAAAAUACCAAGAUGAAACUACGUAAACUAUCAAUGGGCUUAAAAAUUAGUCAGAGGGCAUAAAAUUUGGUUGGAGUUCUUAAGUGAAUUUUCGAUUUGAAACUGAGGGCUGUGUGCAAACUCUGACAUUUCCAGUGUGCUCGCAAAAACCUUCAUGCACUGCUUUUACACCGCUUUAUGCUCAGCUUUUAACAUCAUUAUUUUUAGUGAUGAUAUGCAUUGAGCCGUAACAGCAAUGGGUUUCUAGCCAAAGAUAGUAAGCGGGGCACACACAUUUAGGGUUUUUAAUGUAUUUUCGCGAGCUGCAAGAAAAUUUCCAUCAGGUCUUAUGUUGCCUGCCAGCCACAUGUUGCCCUCUUGUCGACAUAAGCUCUUUGUUUUAAUUGUAUUAUUACCUUUGCUUUCAUGCAGCUAACUUUUAUGGGAAUAUCAUUUUAAAUGAUAGAAGUUUUUAUGAUUCAAAUCAGUUCAGUAUCUGUAUUUAUAUUUACAUUAUCUCAUGUAAUGAUGAAUGAUUGUAAUAAAAAUAAUUAGAAUAAUUAUGGUAA